AUGGCCAUUAAUGAAACUAUAGAAAAUAUCGCAAUAAAAUUUAAUACCGAAGACCUCAGUCUAUCGCAAAGUGAUAAAAUAUAUUCCAUUGAAGGAGAAUGUGUAUUUGAUGGUCCCUAUAAUCUAAGCAUUACUAAGAAUAUGGAAGAGCCUGCAGAUAUGGUUGAUUUUGAAGACCUUAUAGAUACACUGAAUUCUGUUGAUAAAAGAGAAGGUAUAGAGGAUAUAAAUAAAUUUGAAAAUAUUUUGCGGACAUCUGAAGAUUGUAUUCAUGAUGGAGAUCGCGUUGAGGUCAAGGAAAAUCUCGGUUUGGACGAAAUUAACAAUUACUUUGAAAAUGUUAUUAAUGAAAGUAACAGUAUAAAUAAAGAAAGUGGAGAAUCUACGUUUUUUAAAAGAGAAGAUAAUUUAAGUAACAAUGAUAACGGUAACAAAAUAGAAACACAAAGCAAUGAUGCAGAUAUUUUUAUAGAUUUAACAGUAGAUGAUGUUGACGUUAGCUCUAAAGCUAAUAAGAAAGAUAUAAUUCCUAUUACCUUCGAAGAAUAUACAGAAAGUACAAGUAGCGACGGCUACCAUUCAUCAGAUUUUGAAUUUAUUACUGAAAGUGACGCUGAAUUAGACGAGUACAUUAUUAAUUUUAGCAGAAACAAAUUUUGUAAUAAUGAUAUUUAUCAUAAUAGUAAAUGCAGAGGUGUUCUUUCUGUGGAUGUGUUUGACAGGCGUAGCACUUCACAAAUUAAAGGACUAAAUAGCAAAAUUGCCAAUCCUGCUGAAAGUUCUCGAAAGUAUAAUACACAAUUAGAUAUGGACUCAAAAAAUUCUUUAAAUUUAUCUAAUGGCCCGCAUUCCUCAAGUAAAGACUCUCGAAACGUAUCAGACCUUGGUGAAGGUCCCAGUGGGUUAAACAGACCACUAUAUGACUAUUCUAACAGAGAUUAUAGACAAAACCAUCUAAUACCUGAGGGGGAAGGUUAUUUGGCCUUAUUCAGAGGUGCCUACAACCCUAUACUUCCUAUGUCAGAUAUAAUACUUUUAGAAAACAAGUCUAUAAGACCAUCCCCGAUGAAUAUUCAGUAUGAAGGUAUUGGAUUUGAUAAGCAACUUAUCUGGAGAAAGUGUCAACAGGAUAGUUCUGAUGAUGAGUAUGAAGAUGAGGCCAAAGAGAGCAUGGAGAAAAUUCUAUUUACAUAUCCUGAUUAUAAUAAAAAGCCGAAGAGGAAGAGACUUUGA